AUGACAGCAGGACCAAAGUCAAAUGGCGCCAACGGUGUCAGCCCAGCGCCCUUGAAUGCAAAGCUGCUCCAGACAACCCUCGUCGCUCCGGCUGAUGAAGCUCUAGUCCCAACUGGCGAUGACCCCAUUCGAAGAUCACAGAAGUGCACCACUAGCCACAUGCUGGUUGUGAACUGGACAAAAGAUGCUGGAUGGGCGGCGCCAAGUAUCAAGCCGUAUGGGAACUUCUCCAUGGCCCCGACGAGUAGUGUUUUGCAUUACGGGACCGAGUGCUUUGAAGGGCUGAAGCUGUAUCGUGGAUUCGAUAUGAAGCUCAGAUUAUUCAGGCCUGAGCUCAACUGUGCCCGCCUUAGACUAUCCUCCCUUCGUGGUGGUCUUCCUGACUUUGAUCCUGAUGAACUUCUCAAGCUCAUCGAGGCCUUUGUCCAUGUUGACGGAGAAAGAUGGUUACCUGAACCGGGAACAUUCCUAUACCUCCGUCCUGCAAUCAUUGGGACUAGUGCUGCUCUGGGAGUUAGCCGUCCCGCUGAGGCCACUUUGUUUCUCGUCGCAGUCCUGUUUCCCCAAUUUGGGCAGGCAGGGCCUGGUUUGAAGCUGCUUUGCUCUUCGGGACAGGUCAGAGCUUGGCCUGGUGGAUUCGGAAAUGCCAAGCUUGGUGCCAACUACGCCCCUUCUCUAGUCGCUCAGGAAGAGGCCAACGCACAAGGAUUUAUCCAGGUGUUGUGGCUAUUUGGACCCGACGACAAUGUCACCGAGGCGGGUGCAAGCAACUUCUUUGUCAUUAUUCGCAACAAGGAAACAGGGCUGCCGGAGCUCAUCACUGCACCGCUGGGUGACAUCAUCCUUGAUGGCGUGACCCGUCGAAGCGUUCUGGAGCUCACGCAGGAGAGACUUGAAAAGCCUUCGGAGGAUAUGCACCCUCUGGUGGCAGUGGAACGGCCAUUUACAAUGGCAGAGAUGGUAGAGGCUUCCAAUGAAGGCAGGCUUUUAGAAUCAUUCGUGACUGGUACUGCUUUUUUCGUGGCUCCAGUUGGUAUGAUUAGAUACAAAGACACCGACAUCAAUAUCGGCCACAAGACCGCGGAGGGUGAUCUUGUGGCGCCUUAUACGUUGAUGUUGAGGAACUGGCUUAAAGAUAUUAUGUAUGGGAACGAGCCACAUGCCUGGGGCCCAGUUCAAGGCAAGGUUGUGUAA